ACGUCUCUUUGUUUGCGGGAGGAACAUGGCGGAUCGCCUCACGCAGUUGCAGGACGCUGUGAACUCGGUUUUAAAAAUGCCUGCCAAUAGGUCUACUCCCUAUGAAAAGUCAGGUGUUCUUGCAGAUCAGUUUUGUAAUGCCAUUGGAGUGCUGCAGCAGUGUGGGCCUCCUGCCUCUUUUAGUAAUAUUCAGACAGCCAUUAACAAAGAUCAGCCGGCCAAUCCCACAGAAGAAUAUGCCCAGCUUUUUGCAGCGUUGAUUGCACGAACAGCAAAGGACAUUGAUGUUUUGAUAGAUUCCUUACCCAGUGAAGAAUCUACAGCUGCUUUACAGGCUGCAAGCUUGUAUAAGCUGGAAGAAGAAAAUCACGAAGCUGCUACAUGUCUGGAGGAUGUUGUUUAUCGAGGGGACAUGCUUCUGGAAAAGAUACAGAGCGCACUUGCUGAUAUUGCACAGUCCCAGCUGAAGACAAGAAGUGGCACCCAUAGCCAGUCUCUUCCCGACUCAUAGCACCAGGGUAUAUAUACCGUGCGUGGGGCUGAGAAAAGAACUGUUUCAAUGCCAUUGAGAGUUCUGCGUCAGCUUUAGAUGUAAGCCUUACCAGCAGUUACAGAAACAUUAAGCACUAUGACACAUGUUACCUUUUUAGCUAUUUUAAAUAGUCUUCUGUUUUCACUCUUAAAGCUUGUAACAUUGGGAUUGAACCAGCUUUAAACUGUCAUUAUGCCAUUUUUUUUUAAUUAUCUGGGUUAAAUUAUUGAGGCAGAUAUUGCAUUAAUGGUCAUAAUAUAAUUAAACAGAUGUGCUAUAAAAUUC